CGAGAAUUAUCAAAUAAAUACUCAUUUUAAUUGAUAUUUUUAACCUAAGUUUUUAAUUAGUGAGUAAUACGGAAGAGAAAAAUGUUAUUAACAUUGAAGCCAGAUCACAAGAAACAUAUAUUGUUUCUUACCGAACAAUCGCCGCCAGUAUUGCAAGACUUUUGCAAAUUAGCUCUAGAUUAUCUACAAAAGGGACCGAAUGUUAAGGUGUACAACGCUGCCGCUCAGAAAUUAAAUGUCGAAUUGAAUAUAAUAAAAAAUUCAGUGGAAGGUCUAGUCAAUCUCUUGCUAGAAAGUUGCAAACAUAAGUUUUUACAGUUAAACGCGGAAGAUUUCCGGGAUUCCGUGAUCGCUUUAGGUUUUACGGAGGAGAAAGAGGCAAUACUUAGUAAAUUAUACAGCGUUAAAAAAGAUGAGAUCUUGAAUGCCUUAGAAGGGAUUGGAUUUAAAUUACCUGAAUAUUAUGACAUGGAAUGGAGAUUUGAAGUACAGACUGCAUCAAGAUCUCUCUUGAAACAAGUUGCGCCACUUAUUACUAUAGAUUUAUCACUGAAAAAUCCAGAUAAUUCGGAUGAGAUUGAACAUGUUUUGCUACAAACAGAUCCUAUUAAUUUACUUCAUAUAACUCAAGAACUAGAAGAAGCGCUGCAGGAAAGUCGUAGCUCACAUAUUCGGAGGAUUUCAAGGGCAGUAAAAUGAGACUUCCUGUGAUUUGUAUAAUUACAUUUGAUGCAAUAAAUAUUUAAUAUAAUAUAUAAACAUAUGAGAAUGUAUAUUUAGGAGAUUAAAUAUAAAAAUUUUAAUUUAUAAGAAAGAUAUUAUAUAAAUUUAUUUCAAUUAUGUAAAUCACAUUUACUAUGGGUA